GGGGGAGGAUGCGCACGGACCGCAAGGCAGCCUUGAUCGCAUUGGCUUUUGCAGGCGUCGCUGGAGAGACCUUCUCAACCGCCGUCUUUGGAACCUCAGUGCUGUCACUAAGUCGCCUACCUUAACCUUAGCUACAGCCUCAAAAGCUCGCUUAAUCACGUAUUCUCGCCCGCACCCGCUGCAAUCGUCGUUGCUUUUCGACAACACAGCCCACGCGAGGCAGCGCGCACAUCUUGAUUGACGCUUCCAUAAGAACGACGAAUCGACGGCGGCCUCGAUGAUGAAUCGGUCAGGGGCAGUCCCGCAAUCGCUGCGCGGAAUUCCAGGCGGGUUUGGUGGCCAGCAACCACAGCAGCAACCACAGCAGUCAGGACGUCCUGUCGCCAACAGGUUAACCAAUGGAAAGCUGGCGCCAGUGAACAGCGUAUCAGGAUGGAGCUUCGGCGCCGGCGUGCCCAUGGGCGGUGGUGGUGGCGGGAGUGUACCACCGGGUUCCGCAAGACAAUUAGGAGGCAACAUUAGCUUCGCUCAGAGUUUAAGCGGAUCGCAACCAUCGACUCCACUGGACCUUUCUCACCAAGGGUACUUGCCUCUACGGCGCCUUGCUGCUCUCUCUUUGUGUUAGGUUCUACCCCUCCAUUGAGAUACUCUACUGCAAGAGGUCUCUUGCCAGCAUUUAGCUGC